GAUCAAACUGAUCUUUUUGCUUUGGCGCACGAGGGGGAGGAGAGAAAAUGAAUAUCAAAAAUAAACCGCGUGUGCUCCAGAAGCCCAAGACUGUAUAAAUACCAGCGACACGAGCAUUCAUCGCGUAUACAGUGCGAGUCGGAUGGGUUUUUCCUCACAAGACUAGAUAUUUUGUACAUUAUUAAUAAUAAAAUCGCAAGACUGAUAAAACCGCUUAAUUGACAUUUUUUACUGUCAUCAGAUAAAGUGCUAACGUUACUCCUCACAAUUUAUUCAUUUUUUCUCUCCGAGGGAGUGUGUUCAUCUUUAUUUUUAAUGUUUUAAAAUAGCAUACUGUAUUUUGCGUCGCUUGGUUCACUUGUUGCGGUUUUCAACAUACAGUUUUGGAUAUUUACAACUUCAGGAGAUACCCCAAUAUAUCUCGUCAAAUUUUGCUAUUUGUAAUUAAACUGUUAAAAUGGCACCCACAAUUGGUUGUUUUAUGAUUUGCUUUGUGAUUCUACUCGUUUCUCCGUUUGUUCUGGGUGAAAUAAACGAGGAACAGGAGACUGUGCCGGUAAACCUUAAACAAGGUGUUUUUUGGAAGAGUGGGGAAAGACAGCGUUUUAAGAUAAAUGCAUUUGGCCAACUUUUCCUCCUCGCCCUGACGCCGGACAGCAGGUUUGUGGCUCCAGCAUUAAACGUGCAGCGCAUUAAAGCGAAGCAUCUGGCCGCAGUUGUGCGCGGCUCAAACAGAGAAGCCGCUCUCAGGGACGUCACCGACUACAGAGACAGCGAUGCGGACAUCAGAGACUGUUUUUACACCGGUACCGUCAACUCUGAAGAGGAAUCGGUGGUCGCUGUCAGUCUCUGUCACGGCAUUCACGGUAGUUUCAUCACGCAAGGGGAUGAGUACUUCAUUCAGCCCAAAGCAAGCGACAAGAACAGGAAAUCUUUCCCGCAGGUGCAUAUUGUCAGAAGGCGAGCUUUUUCCGACAGCCAGACGGCGUCAAAAAUGGUCUUUGAUCAAGUUAAAAUUGACCGUUUUGGGCCAGACAGCAACUUGAACUCUAGCGUAGAAGAAGACGGCAAAUCGAGUCGUGCAAAACGAUUCGUGUCGUCUGCGAGAUUCAUCGAGACGCUGGUGGUUGCUGACGCUUCAAUGGCACGUUUCUAUGGAGACGAGAUAAAGCACUACCUCCUUACUAUCAUGUCCAUCGCAGCACAGAUUUAUGCGCACCCUAGCCUGAAAAAUGCAGUGAGUCUGGUAGUAGUGAAGAUGCUGGUUGUGGAGGAUGAAGAGGUGGGGCCGGAGCUUUCUAGCAACGGUGGAGUUGCCCUGCGCAACUUCUGCGUGUGGCAACAACUUUUCAACCCAGGCAGCCAGAGACACCCUGAACAUUAUGACACUGCCAUCUUGUUCACAAGGGAGGAUAUUUGUGGAUAUAAGGAUUGUGACACUCUGGGUGUAGCUGAUGUUGGCACUAUGUGUGACCCCAAAAGAAGCUGCUCGGUUAUAGAGGACAACGGCCUUCAGGCUGCUUUCACUGUAUCACAUGAACUCGGCCAUGUUCUUAGCAUGCCACACGAUGACUCCAAAAACUGUGAGAAAUGGUUCGGGCAUCUCAAUGGACACCAUAUGAUGGCUCCGUACUUUAUCCACCUCAACAAAACCCUUCCGUGGUCCCCAUGUAGUGCACUGUACAUCACUGAGUUCUUCGACAAUGGACACGGUGACUGUUUGUUGGAUUCACCUGAGAAGACCCUUCCUUUACCUGCAGAGCUCCCCGGCCUUACGUUUGGACUCGACCGGCAGUGCCAGCAGGCUUUCGGGGAGGAGUACACCCGCUGUCCCAACGCGCCUGAAGAUCAGGCGUGUAUGCAGCUGUGGUGUCGAGAGGAAGGAAAAACUCAAUGCACCACCCGGAAUGGAAGCCUUCCCUGGGCUGAUGGGACUUCCUGUGGGGAGGAGAAGAGAUGCCGUGAGGGUUCGUGCGUGUCGAGCUUUCUGGAGGAGACAGGAGAGAUGCCAGUCAAUGGCGGUUGGGGUGAAUGGGGCACUUGGGGGCCGUGCUCACGGACAUGCGGUGGGGGUGUGGAGUUUUCUUACCGUGAGUGCACUGCUCCAGUGCCACAGAAUGGUGGAUCGUACUGUGUGGGACAGAGGGUCAAAUACCAAUCCUGCGGCACUCAGACGUGCCCAGAAGACCAUGGAAAAAGCUUCAGAGAGGAGCAAUGCGAGAAGUAUAACAGCGAACGUUACUUAGACUUUCAAGGGAAUAUAAAGCAAUGGAUCCCCAAAUAUUCCGGUGUCUCUCCACGAGACCGCUGCAAACUCGUCUGCCGGGCCAAAGGGAGCAAUGAAUUCAAAGUUUUCGAAGCCAAGGUUGUGGAUGGCACCACCUGUGGGCCAGAUACAACAUCCAUCUGUGUUCAGGGCCAGUGCAUCAAAGCUGGUUGUGACCAGGUGAUCGGCUCCAACGAACGGCUGGAUAAAUGUGGCGUCUGUGGAGGUGACAGUACGACCUGUAGGAAAAUAAGUGGCUCGCUAAACAAAGCAAUUUUUGGUUACAAUGAUAUUGUUACCAUCCCUGCUGGUGCCACUAAUAUAGACAUAAAACAGCGCAGCCAUCGAGGCGUCAUGCAUGAUGGUAACUACUUGGCAAUAAAGGCACAAGAUGGAACCUACAUCCUGAAUGGGAAUUUCUCAGUGUCCAUGGCAGAGCAGGACAUGCCAGUGCCCGGCGCUGUACUUCGCUACAGCGGCUCUUCUACCACCUUGGAGCGACUCCUCAGCUUUCACAAACUUCGGGAGGCUAUCACUGUCCAGCUGUUAUCCACAGGUGGGGACACCUUGCCUCCUAGGGUCAAGUACACAUUUUAUUUGCCAAGGGAUGUACCGUUUAGCAAGCCUGGCUCAGAGAGCAGGAUUUCACCACAUCUCAUAUUACCGUUUGGAGGGGGCGACUGGGUCCUGGGUGAGUGGUCCGAGUGCUCCAAGAGCUGUGGUGCUGGAUGGUCCAGGAGAAGCGUGGAGUGCAAAGAUGUUGAGGGAUCCCUGUCCUACCUCUGUGACACUGACCUGCGACCCGCAGACAUCCGGCCGUGUGGGGACCUACCCUGUCCCAUUUGGCAAAUGGGGCCGUGGUCGGCAUGCUCGCGGACGUGCGGACACGGAGAGCGCCACCGUACUGUGGUCUGCAUGGACUACACAGGCAAGGUUUUAGAGCUUGAGAAGUGCAACCCAGACAAGAGACCAGGGGUAGUUGUGGGGGAUUGUUUUUACCAAGACUGCUAAAGUGUGUACACAGUGUCAGAAAACAGGGAGGUGGUGGUAAGAUCCAUUGGAUAUGUAGCGACUGAGAAAGCCCCAGCCAUGUUUCAGAAAGAAGCACUGGAGCUCUUGGGGAUAGUGCAUUAGAUUGGAGAUCACUUAUCAAGCAUAACCAGGGCAUUUGAUAUGAAUUAUUACCUAUAUCACGGAAUAACCUAAUUCGCUGUGUUGAUCUUUAUGUUCAGUUUUAACCACAAAGGUAACCUCCCACGGAGAUCUACCUCAGUCAUUACAAGCUUCAUAACGUUCACAUUUGUGUAAAGAGGAAAAAAUUUAAACUUUGCACAAACCUGCUGAAAGCAUUUGUCGGGUACCUCUAUAAUAAAGUCCACAUCUGAAUAAGAAAUUAUUCAACGUUAGAGAGGUACCUGAAAGGUGCUACAUUUUAUCCAACUUUUAAGAAUCGUCCACAACGGACUGCAUUUUAAUAUUUUUUUAUAAAUGAAUUUCACACAUUUUUUAUUUUGCCAGCUUUUGUUCUGUAGCAAUGAGCCUGUUUUUAUUAGUAUCUGCUACUUUUUUAAUACUGGUAUUUCCCUCGAAAGCUUUCAGAUUUUUCAUACUACAACACUGGAAGAUACAGUAUUUGGAAGUAAAGUCUGUUACUGGCCACACAAUAGCUAUAUGUGAGUGUACACCCAAAUAAGAGCUAUUGACAUGGAUAUUCAAAAAUGAUUUUCUUAAAUUUGACCUUAAAAUGUUACCUGGUUACUAUUGUUGAUUUGGAUGAAUGCUUUUAGUUUGUAAUGAAGAAUCAGAGUGAGUUGCUUUCUCUUACACACUGUUGCUGGUCUUUCUGUAUAUAUACAGCCAUUUGGCAACAAGCUACAGUAUUUCAGUCUGACAGCUGAACAGUGUGAAGACUGCAAAGUGUGCCUUAAAUUCGUUUUUUAUUAGCAUUCACUGGUACACAUUACAUAAAAGGGAUCAUGAUAUAUAACCAGUACUGGCAUAUGUGAGUUUACAGAGGCAAAUAAUUUAUUACUAAAUAUAUUCAUUUAGAUAAGUGGAUACUUACUGUAUAUUUUUGGACACAACAAUCAGACACUAAAACAUCUCUUUCAUAUAGGUAUAUAAAUAUGUGUUUCCUGUGAAAAACACAUUGAGAUUGCAUGUAUUUUUUGCAGUCUAUAUUUUUGUUUAUUUUUCUUUACUCAUCCAAGCUUUAGUUGACACUGUAUACACAUACAUUUAAUGCAAUUAUUGUCAAAAAUCUACCACCAACAUGCCCUUCACGAGUUGCUUUUGAAUAGGGUGGAGACAUAUGCUACAUGAUAUUUUGUUAAUGUAUUAAAAAAAAACUUUAAUGAAUAUUUAAAAUAUGAAUUUAAUGAAAUAGGGAUAGGUAAAGAGUUUGUUCAGACACAACAGACCAUACAAGAAUAAUAUUUCUGAAAAUUUUCCUCUUGCCAGACAAAAGCACUGAAUUUCAGAAAAGCAAUAAAUCCGUUUCACAUAGCUAAAUGCGAUUCAAUUUGGCGAAAUCACAUAGCCCAUAACUGAAUUCAACAGGACAUGUAAAAUUAUGGUAAAGAUAUGGGGGGAAAUACUAUUUGCAUUCCAUUUGAUUCAAAAGUAUGCAAGUUAGUGAAAUGGUGCAUAUUUAAAACUAAAGCAUUCUAUCCCUUCAAUGAAGGUCUGCACAAUGCUGUUGUUAUAGCUUCUUUUUACAAGCUAUUUAUUUUUUCUAUUCUUAACACCUAAUGUUUUUCUUGAUGCUGCUGUCUGUCCUGUCAUGAAUUAUGUAUGAAUUUAAAUCAAUUAAAGAUGUGUCAACAAAAAAAAUGUUUUAUAUUCAUUUGUAAGGCCUCU